AUGACAACACGAUUAAUUGUCAAAAACUUGCCCAGCACCUGCACGGAACAGCAGCUACGAAAGUUUUUCGAAAAAUAUGGCAAGAUAUCUGAUGCUUCAUUGAAAUACACAAAAGAAGGUAAAUUUCGUGGAUUUGCAUUUGUUGGUUUCUUAGAUGAAGGAUCUGCUUCCAAUGCGAUCGCAAAAUCCAAUCAAACGUUCUUCAACUCGAAAAGAUUGACGGUUGAAGAAUGUCGUCCAUUUGGAGACGCAAACAAGCCUAGGGCCUGGAGUAAGUAUGCUAAAGAUUCUAGUGCCUACAAGCGUGCUCAUGGAGAAGAUGGAAACGAUAAGCCUGGAAGAUCAGACGAUUCUGAAGAACCAUCUGCGAAAAAACAGAAGAAUGAUCCAAAGCUUGAUCAAUUUCUUGAAGCUAAGGGAGUUGCUGUUGAGAAAGAAGUGAAGCUGAGUAAGGAUAAAUCGGCAGAAGCGAAAAAACUGAUGGCAGAACUUAUGGAUGGAAUUCAAGGAGACACAUCGCUUUCAUUAAUCUUUUCUGGAUUACCUAGUUCCGCUAAGGGUAAAAACAUCAAAGAAUGGUUGAAUCCAAUCCGUGUGAAAGCAAUGAAAAUUGCUCGAAACGAAGAUGUUGCAGCAGCUUUUGUGACUUUCAACAGACCUCCAGAUGUUAGAAGAGCACUCCAAAAAGAUGGACAGUUUUUGGGUGGAUUCAAGAUUGGAAUUGAAAAGAUCGAAACUCCAGAACCAGAAAAGGAAACAGUUGAAGAACAUGGUGCAGAAUUUGAAAGCAGAGAAAAGGAAGAGGAAUCUAUUCGUGAGAAAAUUCUCGAGACUGGACGACUAUUCCUUCGUAAUUUACCAUAUGCGACAAAAGAAGAUGAUCUCCAGUUUUUAUUCAAAAAAUACGGAGAAGUUUCUGAAGUUCAAGUGGUUAUUGAUAAGAAAACUGGAAGUUGUAAAGGAUUUGCUAUUGUUGAAUUUGUAUUCCCUGAAGCCGCGGUUGCUGCAUAUUCAGCUCUCGAUGGAUACGUUUUUAAAGGAAGAAUGAUGCAUAUUAUUGCUGGAGAUGAAAAAAGGGACAAACCAACUGAGGAAGAUGCGGAGACAGUUCCAGACGAUCCAGAUAACCCGAUGAAGGCUACUGAUAAGAAAGAAAAGAAGAAGAAAACAUUUAAGGAGGAGAAGCAAGAUCAAAAGAGGGCAGAUGCUGGAAAAACUGCACACUCUUGGAAUGCUCUUUUCUUGGGCGCAAAUGCCAUCGCUGAUACAUUAGCCCAACGUUUGAACGUCAAAAAAUCUGACUUGCUGACUAGUGAUCAAGGUGAAUCUGCCGGAGUUCGCCUCGCUCUGGCCGAGACUCGUCUCGUCCGCGAAACUCGUGAUUUCUUCCUUGAAAAUGGAGUCAAGUUGGACGCGUUUUCUAAGCCAGCCGAGAAACGAAGUGACACUGUGAUGAUAGCUAAGAACUUGCCGUCUGGUGUGGAGACAGAAGAACUGAAAAGAAUGUUUGAAAAAUUCGGAGAUUGUCAAAAAGUACUAAUGCCAGCUGAAGGUGGAGUUAGUGCACUUGUGAUUAUGGGAAAUCCUGUUGAUGCGAAGAAAGCUUUCCGAGCAUUAGCGUAUUCUCGAUUCAGAAGUCAACCUCUGUAUCUGGAAUGGGCUCCAUUUGACGUCAUGGGAGCUACCGUACCAUCAACAGAGACAAGUGAGAAGACAGAUGACUCUACGAAACCAAAGAAGUCGAAGAGGGAAAUGACUUAUGAGGAGAAGAAAAAAGAAAGAAAAAAUAGACAACAAGGAAUUACAGAGGAAGAAGAAGAAGUAGAGAAAAAGUCUAAUGAGGAAGAAGUUGAAGUGCCCGAGGACAAGAAACCAGAGCCUUCCGAGACUAAACCAAAGAAAGCAAAGCAACCAGAGAAAGAAAUUGAGUCUGGAAGUACAAUUUUCGUCAAAAAUCUUGCUUUCGACACAACUGAUUAUGGUUUGGAAACUUUGUUCAGAAAGCGGUAUGGUGAUUUACUAAAAUCUGCUCAAAUUUCGAAAAAACUGAAUCCAGCCGAACCAACAAAACCUUUGUCAAUGGGAUUUGGAUUCGUGCAAUUCUACACUGCUUUCGAUGCUAAAACAGCGCUGAAAGAAAUGCAAGGAGAACUUCUAGAUGGUCAUUCGCUUGAACUGAAAAUUUCCCAUAGAGAGGUUGUUGACAAGGGAGCGCUCAAGCGAAAGGAUGUUCAGAAGAAAGACCAAGGAGAAUGUACGAAACUACUUGUUCGAAACCUCCCAUUCGAAGCUUCCAUCAAAGAAGUUGAGACUUUGUUCGAAACAUUUGGAGCUGUUAAAACUAUCAGAAUUCCUCGAAAACCCGGACAAAAGCAACAACAUCGUGGUUUUGGAUUCGUUGAUUUCAUCUCAGCUGAUGAAGCUCGUCGUGCAUUCGAUGCUCUUGUACACUCAACUCAUUUAUACGGAAGACGUUUAGUUCUAGAAUGGGCAAAGGAAGAUGAAACCGUCGAAGAACUUCGUGAAAAAACUGCUGAGAAGUUUGCUGGAAACAAGAAAGGCUCGAAGAAGUCGAAGACACAAAUUGAAGAAUUCCAACAACAAUUGCAGAUUGCUGACGAUGAAAAAGAUUAA